GCGCUCCGGGACGGAGUUUCCACGUAGGGCGCCCACUUGGGUUUCUGGAACCGGAGAAAGCGAAGUCGCUCCGAAUCCGGGACUCGCGGAUCAGAUGCAAAAAAAAAAGUGGGGGAAAGAGGGGUUGGAUUUGCGCUUCGGGGCAGCCGCGGAGUAAAUUGCCCGGGGCGAAGGGGAUAAGAGCUCAGCGGCCGGUCGCCCGCGGGCGCCGCGUUGCAAAGCUCACGGGCGCGCCAAGUUAGCCCACCGGCGCUCCAGAGCUUGUGGAUGGCGACGGGAGCUGCGGGCAGGUGGCUGGCCGGACCGGACCGAGAGCCCUGGCCGGGAGUGGGCAUCUCCCGGCGAAGGCAAACAGGUCAAUGCUGAAGGAGGCAUUUCCCACCGAAAAUGCUCCAGGAUUUCCACGGACAGAUUGGCGGGAGAUGAAAAACGGGGCUCGGGUGCGAGGAGACGCCCCAGCCCGCAUUUUGCAGGCAUCUCUGGAAGGCUGCGUUGAAAACCCAGCGGCCUGGCGCACAAGGACGGUGUGAUUGUGGGUCACUCCCCAAAUACUCAGUGCUGGGUGGGGGAAGUCUUGGUACAGCGGUCGUCCUGCGCAGCGUUUGGCCUGGGUAGCUGUGCUAUGAAUUGGUGGCUGAGGCUUGCUUGCCUUACCCUGGUCUGCAGCAGCCUUGCUGAAGCAGGUAACAGCAAAGCAGAAACCCGCACGGUGGUCGGCCGCAAAGGAGAGAGCGCCCUUCUGCGCUGCGACCUGCUGAAGCCGGACGAGGCGAGCCCCCCUCUCUACGUCAUUGAGUGGGUGCGAUUCGGUUUCUUGCUCCCCAUCUUCAUCAAAUUCGGGCUGUAUUCCCCCCGGGUGGAUCCAGACUACGUGGGUCGCGUACGAAUCCAAGCUGGGGCUUCCCUGCAGAUUGACCGUCUGCGUGCCGAAGACCAAGGCUGGUACGAAUGCCGGGUGUUGUUCCUCAACCGCCCCAACAACGAUGACGAAUUCCAGAAUGGCACCUGGAUUCACCUCAUUGUCAAUUCCCCCCCUGUCUUCCAGAAGACCCCACCAGUUUUGGUAGAGAUCCAGGACCAAAAAUCUGUCACCCUCUCCUGUUCGGCCACCGGCAACCCACCGCCUCUUGUCUCUUGGAAGAGAGACAGCCAAACCAUUGACAAUGGCAAUGAAAUGCAGGUGAAAAAUGGGACUCUCUUUAUCUCUAGAGUCGAACGGACGUCGGCUGGCCUGUAUUCCUGCCACGCCACCAAUCAAGAGGGCGCUCUCAUUCACACGACCCGCCUCCUCGUCCAAGGGCCACCGGUGAUUGUAGUCCCUCCCAAGGACGUCACGGUCAACCUCAGCCAAGAUGCCUUUUUUGCUUGCCGAGCUGAAGCUUAUCCUGCCAACCUCACCUACAGCUGGUUUCAGGGCGGCACCAACGUCUUCCAUCUCAGCCAUCUCCGGUCACGGAUUCAAAUCCUGGUGGACGGAAGCCUUUUGGUCCAGAAAUCGACCCCGGAGGAUUCGGGAAAAUAUACUUGCAUUCCCAGCAACGGGCUUUGGAAAUCGCCAUCCGCUUCUGCCUUCCUUACGGUUCUGUACCCAGCUCAAGUCGCUAAGAUGCCUCCAGAGACCUUUCUGCCAAUUGGUAUGCAAGGCAUAAUCCGGUGCCCCAGCAGAGCUAACCCUCCCCUGCUCUCGGUCAGCUGGAUCAAAGACGGGCAGCCGCUGGAGAUUGGCAAGUUCCCAGGUUGGUCCCUGAAAACCGACGGGACGAUAAUCAUCGCCACAAGCAACGAUGACGCCCUGGGCGUGUACGCCUGUACCCCGUACAACAGUUUUGGAACAGCUGGUAUUUCGGCACCCACGCGGGCUCUCCUCAAAGACCCUCCCACGUUCACCCUUCGGCCCAAAGAGGAAUAUUUCCAGGAAGUGGGUCGGGAGCUGCUAAUUCCAUGCGUGGCUCAAGGAGACCCCCGACCCAUCACUUCUUGGACAAAAGUGGGCAGCAAGACCCUGGCCAACGCGCAGGUGGGCACGAACGGCAGCCUGAUCCUGCAGCCACUGACGAAGGAACAGCAUGGCUUGUGGGAAUGUGCCGCUAACAACGGCGUGGCCAGGGUUAGUGCCGCCACCACUGUCUACGUCUUGGGUACCAGUCCCCACGCCGUGGUCAACGUGUCCGUGUGGCCCCUACGACAAGCAGUCAAUGUAACCUGGGAACCAGGGUUUGAUGGGGGUUAUUUCCAGAGAUUCAGCAUCUGGUACACGCCAAUCUGGCAUUGGGGGAUGGAAGUGUACCCGUCUCGCACCCAGCUCCCUGAGAUGCUACCCCAACCUGUGCUGGCCGGCGUGAUUGGGGGCGUCUGCUUCCUGAGCACGGCAGUCAUCUUCAGCACCAUGGCCGCCUGUGUCAUGAACCGGAGGAGACAAGCCCGUCUCCGCAAACGCAGGCAAGAUCUACCCAUUGUGUUUUCCUCCACCAAGAAGCUUCUCUCUACGCAGCAUUCAACAGGUACAGCUAGCCCGGACAGCAUUAUGAAGCUGAAAUUUCAGGGGUCUCCCUAUCAGAGUCUUCGCCGAACCCUCUUGUGGGGCGAAAAAGUCGGCCGCAACCUCAGCCUCGAUCUCUCCGGCGGCCAGGCCAUGAACAGCCCCAAUUAUGUCCUCUACGAGAGCCACGUGGAGCAGCCGCUUCCUCUCGAACGCAUUUCCCGUGGUCCCGAUGGCCGCUUCGUGGUGCAGAGCGAGGAGGCGUCCCGAGAACACCAGAGCCCCUUCUCCCACCUGGAGAACGGCGAAAGCCCACCGGAGCCCUAUCUCCAGGUCUUCUCCUCUCCCGAGGAUGCUGGAUGGCACCAUGGUGUCCACCUGAGAGCCAAGAACACCAGCCAGGCCCAGCAGGAAGCCAAGGCCUCCGGCCAUCGCCAGGGCCGUUAUUUCGACUACAGCAGCAGCAGCCUGGCGGAGGAAGGCGAGCCCUUGCAUAUCGUCAACAUCAGCCCGGUGGCCGCCACGUCAUACGGCGCUGUCCCGGAAACCCUGUGGCUCCGGGACAAUGUGGUGGCCUCUUCUCCAUCGUCCUCGCCUCACCGUACAUCCCAAGUGACUUCUCCGUCCCCGAGAGUCCAGGCCGGCGCGAGUAAUUCGGCUCAGAGUGGGAUCCUCCAGUAUCUGAGCUUGCCCUUCUUCAAAGAAAUGAAUGUGGACGGCGAUUGGCCGCCGGAGGAGAACGAGGAGGAAGACGGACUCUCGGGGGAGACCGUCGACCACGAGCCCGGUCUGCUGGGCAGCCCCCGGAGGUCUUUGGUUCCAGACCAGGAGAGGCCAGCUAGUCCGAUCUACAUGGACAUGGAGGCCGAUUGGAGCUCCGUUCAGGAUCAGCUCGCGGAAACGUGCUUCCUCCGACUUCCGGAUCCCGAUACGGGCCCACCGAAGACGCCUUUGCCGGGGUCCCUGGCUUGCCCGCCGUACCUCUGUUCCAGGACGGAGAGCCCACCGCCGAAGGAUCAAGGAUGGUUAUGCACGCUCCCGUCAUCCUCACCCUCCUCCCAGCUCCUUCCGGAUUGCCCCCAGGCUGAGCUCUCCUGCCUGGACUUCCCCUUGCCCGAGCUGCCCCCCGAGAAACACAAGUCGCCCGCCGCCAAUUUCCCACAAUCCCUCCCCUUGGAGAAAUUCCUGAGGGGCAGCCUGACCAGCCAAAGCAGCGGGCGGGGCAGUGGUUCUUUCCUAAGACCGCCGUCGUUGGCCACCUCCGUGGCGGGCAGCUACCUCAGCUCCCCCUUCGGAGAAGCGCCCAGUUGCCGAAGCAGCUCCGUGGGAGAAGAGAACAGAUCCAAAAAGGAGAAUUUAGCAGCUGUGUUGGAGAAAAGGAGGAACACCUCCGUGGAUGAAAACUAUGAGUGGGAUUCGGAGUUCGCUCUGGAGUCGGAAUUACUGGACGCCUUACAACUCUAUCGGAGCGGAGACCCCAAAAGGCCCAUUUCCACCAUCGCGGCCCACGACUUGGAGAAGCAGAGCUUCAGAGAUUCAACCGAAUCCAGCAGAACGUCUCCUACGAAUUCACAGUCGGUCGGCGCCUUGGACGGGUCCAGCUCUCCGUUGCCCUUGGCUAGUCCCGAGGAGCGUUGCGCCGCCCUGCGCAAGGAAUUCCUCGCUUACCGCCGGCGGCGAGAAAUGAUUCAGCAACGGCGGCAGAAGAGGGACCCCGGCGGGAAGGAGGAGCGGUUUGAACAAGCCACUUUAUUCUGAAAUCCCCUCCUCGGGAUUUUUUUCGGCGGGACAAUUUGCCCUCCGUCCACAAGAGGGCAGCUUUGGGACAAUCUGAAUGCUAACUCUGGCCUCUAGAGGCCUGCAGGAGAACUUUUUCUAACUUCAAAGUUCCAAAGAUACCAGGCAAUUUAAAAAAAAACAAUUUUUUCCCCAAAUCUCUGGAGUAAUUUAUCCAGGCAGGAAGAAAAAUACAUUGGCGCCACCCUUGCGGAUGUCUUUGUGCGUAAACCUACGUGUGAUUUAUUUUCAGCCGGAUUCUAGAUCAGAAGCAGCAGGUGAUGGGAUGUUUGGUAAAUGGAGGCUUUGCUGGGGAACA